AUGUUUCGAGGCGUUCCGCACAAACGAAAGCGCGGGAAUGGCGCCCGGGGCGGCUUCCAGAGUAACCGGAACUGGAACAAUAAUCAACAUCAGCAGCCUAAACAUAGGCAUUGGGACGAGCCUGGUGACUCCGCCACUGUUCAACAGACUGAAGUACCUGCUCCUCCAGCCAAAAAGCCGAAAAGGUACCAAAUCGACCACUCACUCACCCAAGACGAACUUUGGGAUGAUUCGGCUCUGAUAGCCGCUUGGGAUGCAGCAACUGAGGAGUACGAGUCACUGAACGGCCCAGAGAAGAAGUGGAAGGAGGAACCUACCAACAAAAGUGCACUAUGGUACGCUCCGCCACCCAAGCCACAAGAAGAUGAUAAAGAGGACAACGACGAAGAGGAGGGAGAGGAGGGGGAAGAAAUAGAAGAGAAUGCGGAUGAGACGGAGCAGGACACAGUGCCUGACUCGGUUCCCAUCGACUACAACACGUUUGUGCCUUCACACGACCCAACUCUUGGUGCAAAUGUCCCCAUGGCUGCCGGUGACUUUACAAAGUUGGCAAAGGACGAAAUUUUCGAAAAGGCGGUAUCGGCUUCGUACUGGGCUGGCUAUUGGGCGGCCAUGUAUCAUGCCCGCAGUGCAGCUCCUCAAACCGAGGCUGAAGUUGAAGAAGAAGUUGAGGAAGAAGUUGAGGCAGACGAAAUGGUAUACGUGGUGGAUACAACCGACACGUCCCAGCAGACGGAGUUAUAA